AUGACUAAGAAUAAGUUAUCUUCGAAUGAUAAUUAUACAACACCAGUAGCUGAACAUCCAUCAUUAGAAGAAGUUUAUGAAGCAACACCAUUCUCUGAAGCAUUUUGGACUUAUGUCAACUAUAUUAUUUUAAAUAUAUUUGGUUGGUUUCGUGAUUUUCUUCGAAAAACACGAAUUGAAAAUCGAAAAGGUUCAGCGGAAAAUAAUCCACCAGGUUUUGUUCCAUUGUAUCAAAGUUAUGAAAGUUUCUAUACACGUAAUGUUUAUCAACGUAUUGCUGAUUGUUUCAAUCGACCAAUUGGUAGUGUACCUGGUGGUAAACUUGAUCUUCUUGAACGUGUUACUGAUGAUUAUAAUUGGUCAUUUAAAUUUACUGGUGAUAAAAUUACAAAGAUUAAUCUUGGCUCAUAUAAUUAUCUUGGUUUUGCAAAUAAUAAUGGUCAGAUAGCAAAUAAUGUUAUAAAUUCGAUAAAAACGAAUGGUGUUGCAACAGCAAGUACUACACAAGAAUUUGGAACUUUAAUACAACAUCGUAAACUUGAAUCAUUACUUGCGAGAUUUCUUGGUACUGAAGAUGCAGUUGCAUUUGGUAUGGGAUUUGCAACAAAUGCACUUAAUAUACCAUCCAUUGUUGGAAAGGGCUGUCUGAUAUUGAGUGAUGAACUUAAUCAUACAUCACUUGUGCUUGGUUCUCGUCUAUCUUGUGCUACCAUUAAAGUUUAUCGACACAAUGAUAUGGAACAUUUGGAACGAUUAUUACGAGAAGCAAUUGUAUCCGGUCAAUCACGAACACAUCGACCAUGGAGAAAAAUUUUAGUUAUUGUCGAAGGAGUAUAUAGUAUGGAAGGUUCACUAUGUAAAUUACCGGAAUUAAUUGAACUUAAAAAGAAAUAUAAAGCAUAUCUAUAUUUGGAUGAAGCACAUUCAAUUGGUGCAAUGGGUUCGCAUGGUCGUGGUGUUGUUGAUUAUUGGAAAUGUGAUGUUAAUGAUGUUGAUAUACUUAUGGGAACAUUCACAAAAAGUUUUGCUGCUGCUGGUGGUUAUAUUGCCGGAAAGAAAGAAUUAAUUGAUCAUAUUCGUGUAUCAUCUCAUGCAGCUGCAUAUGCAACAUCAAUGAGUCCACCAGUUAUUGAACAAAUUGUUUCUGUAUUAAAUUUAUUAAUUGAUGAAAAUGAAGAACAUGAAGGUCGUAAACGAAUAAAUCAAUUAGCAUGGAAUACAAGUUAUUUUCGACAACGUCUUUCUAAAAUGGGUUUUAUUGUCUACGGUCAUCCACAUUCACCUGUUGUACCAGCUUUAUUAUAUAGUCCAUCGAAAAUCGCCGCAUUUAAUCGUGAAAUGUUAAAACGUGGUGUUGCAGUUGUUACAGUUGGUUUUCCAGCAACACCAUUAGUACUUGGUCGUGUACGUUUUUGUCUUUCAGCAUCACAUACAAAAGAAAUGCUUGAUGAAGUACUUAAAUAUGCUGAAGAAGUAGGAGAUUUACUUAAUAUGCGUCAAUCAAAAUUAAAUCCAAAAAAAUCAUUUCAUGAAACAGAAUUCUAA